ACUGAAACUCUGCUUAAAAAGUACACUAAAAAGCUAGAGAGAUCAUAUAAAAAGAUGGUUAUUAAAGUUGCUUAUUGCAUUCUUUUCUUUUAUGUUCUUCUCUUGACGAGUGGUCAUGCAGGAGCAAUUAGGGUUGCGACAAAUCAAGAACAUUUCUGCAAAAAUAUUAAGGAAGUUAUAAAUGAAAAAUCAAUUGAUCUAUAUUACAAGAUCUUAACUGAGCUUUUUAAAAGGCCUACAGGUCCUCCAGGUCCAGGAUUACCAGGUAAAGGUGUGCAAUUUGACAAUUUCGUGCUUGAUUUUAUAGAACCUUCAUAUAUUGGAUUGUUCACUCCUAAUAAUGUUUAUUCUGGAAAGGUUUUGCCAAUUUAUUUUCCUAUUAAAGACAAUGCUUCUCUUCUUCCGUUCACUAUUCCUCGACAAAUGGUUCAUUCUUCCGUUACUCGAUCUUUGUCUGAACUCGGAAAAAUCUUCAAGCCGUUAUUGAACCUUCAUCGGGAUUCCAAGAAUCACCCCGAUAAUUUUGAUGCAUGCGAAAUCCAACCCGACGAAUCUGAUAGUAAGAUUUGUGUGAGAGAUAUAGAAUCGAUUGUUGAAUUUAUUAAUCGCGUCUUUAAAUCAGAUGAAUCAAAGGGUAGUUUCAAGAUUUUUGAAACUAAACAACCCGAAACUUACUCAACUGCGUCGUUGAAGGAAUAUGUUGUUAUAGGAGAUCCCGAAGAGAUUGAAGGUGAAAAAAAGGUAAUUUGCCAUCCGAUGAGUGAUGCAUUCUAUUGUCAUUUUGCUUUUAUGACCAAGGUUCUUAAGGUUUCGUUAGCAACUGAAAAUGGAGAUAAAGUUGAAACUAUGGCGAUAUGCCAUGUGAACCCUAAUACUGACAGUAUUUUGAAUCGAAUGCUCGGACUAAAGCCUGGAUCAGAUGACCUUAUAUGCCAUUUCUUACCGUCCGGUCAUUUUAUUUGGGUUCAGUCACAUCCCAUUGCAUUGAUUGGAGGCGCUCGUAGUGACUAAGAGGUCACCGACUAUCUUCAAGCCUUUUCAAUUUCUGAAAAAAUAGUUUAUGAAUAAGAGGGGUGUGGAUUUAGCUUGGUGUGCAGUGUGCAAUCCUAUGAUCACCCUCAAGUUUGUUCAAAUCUGGUACUAUUUGUAAUUAAUGUUGUAUUUAUAUCCUCUUAUGUUUGUAUGUUUUUGUAUUGAUAAUAAAAUUGUGGUUGAAAUUUCACUUAUUAA